CUGUGUAGCAGAAAUUUGAACCGUUUAGAUCUGCAGAAGCUGGACAUUAUGAACAAACAAGAGGAGACAUGGGAGAAACUGGACUCAGAGUUUGACCAUCACCUGGUUGACAUGAAAUCAUAUGUCCUAAAACAAAACAAGACAGAGCGCCAGCGAUGUGCCCUGUGGAUCAAGAAGCUGUGUGACCCAGGUGUAUCCGGCUCGGGCCUGAUGGGACGCAAGAACCGCAACAUGUACGCCCGCCUACUCCUGCAUAUGCUCAGAAGAGGGGUCCUGGAGGGCCCUUUCAGCCACAAGCCAGAGUCAGGCAGUCUCAAGACUCUACCAACAUAUAUGUCCAUCUACUUUGACGAGCCUCUAUGUGGCCGGGGCCUGGAGCAGAGCACUGCAGGCCUGCCUGACUGGGUAACGGGAGAGCUGGGCCAGGGUGACGACUCCUGGGACAGCCUGCUCAGAGAGAGGGCCAGCUCCUCACCCAUAGCCUACUCUAACACACACAGGAGAAGACGGCUAUAUGAGGAGAUGUCUCCAUCUCGGCCCCUGGCCCCCAGCCCAGUGAAACGCUCUUCUGAAGACCACAACAAAGGGGUGGAUGGCCACAGGAAGCCAGUGGUGCCGUCUCCUGACGACAGUGACCUGGAGGCUCGACUCAACAGCUGGAACCUGGGGAUUGAGAACCCCAGGUAUUUGAGAGAGAACCCUAUCCCCUUGUCUCCGAUAUUCCUCAAAUCCAGCCUGAAGAAUAGCACUUUGACUGAUGAGCAGACCCCAGUUGCAAGACAGGAGAAAGAGGCAGAGAUGAAGACUAAAGUCCUGGAGGCCAAGCACCAGGAGGAGAAACUGAAGAUGCAGCAGAAGCACGACGCAGACGUGCAGAAGAUUUUAGACCGUAAGAAUGGCGAGAUCGAUGAGCUGAAGACCAUGUACAGAGCCAAGCAGAAGGAAUCGGAGGAGAGUGUGCGCAAGCUGGAGAAGAAAGUUCAAAGCGUGGUGCGCGAGUCCCAGGUCAUCCGUGAGAGCAAAGAGAAGCAGAUCGGUGAGCUGAAGAAGAUGUCAGAUCAGUGCACCGACUCCCUGAAAAACGAGUGGGAGAAAAAGCUGCACGCGGCGGUGGCGGGCAUGGAGCAAGAGAAGUUUGACCUGCAGAAGAAGCAAACAGAGAACAUUCAGGCGCUGCUGGAGGACACCAACCAGAGGCUGGCCAAGAUGGAGGCUGAGUAUGGUGCCCAGACACAGGCUACCGAGCAGACAGUGCAGGAGCUGGAGCUGCGUGUGAAGCAGCUGUCAGUGGAGGUGGAGAACGGUAACGUGCUGAGGCAGAAGGUGACCCAGGAGAAGGGCCAGCUGGAGAUCCACAUCGCCACCAUCAGCUCUGAGCUUCAGGAGGCCAACCGACGGAGGGUGUCUCUGUUGAGGGAGAAGGAGCAGCAGAGUGAGCAACAUGAAGACACACUGCAGAAGCUCCAGACCAAACAUGAGACUGACAUCAGCCACUUCCAACAGGAACACACACUCUCCGCUGCUAAGGCCUCUGAUGUGAUUGAGGACCUGGAACAGACUGUGGCUCAGCUCAGACAGCAGCUACAGGACAGUGAGCACAGGAGACUGAAACAACUCAGGGACACAGAGAAUAAACUUCAACAAGAGAAAGCAGAUCUGCAGAACCACUGUGAGAAAAAGGUGCGUGCCCUACACAACGAGGCGGAGAGAGAGAGAGAAGAGGCCAAGAAGAAGAUCUCCAAACUUGAAGAGUCACUGAAGUGAGUAGCAAAACACUGUAAAUUAAAUGUCUGUUUUCUUCUUUCAUUUCAUCACUACUUGGGGACUUGCCAUUCAGUUUGGUUCAGAACACAUCAGAAACAUGGGAUUUGUUCACACACAUCACCAACCCACAAACCCACAAAUCCAGCAUAUGAAAAAUGUCUCACAACGAGCCAACACAGGCUUCCAUCCAUGCAAUUAUACAAUGAUACAAUCCCCCCAAAGUCACUGAUUUAGAAAAAUGCUUAAGCACUCAGACAUUGGUAAGUGCUAGUUACAGGGCCCGGGAUACAGCUAUAAUUUGCAGAGCUCACCCCUGUGCAGUAAUUGAAAACUGCAGUGGAUAUUUGAAGCUAUAUGAAAUGUUGUCACUUUUAGUCUCUCCAUAUGUGCCUGUCUGACACAUGCUGAAACAUAGGAACCUCCAUAGAGAGUUCUCAUAUCUGUGCUGUGCAGCGUCCCCAGUUGUGGGGCAGUGCCGAAUUCCGUAUUGUUGUACACCUCUCCUGUCUCAGAUCUACAAUGGCCGUGUCCGAAUACCCAUACUAGCGUAUUAAACUGCAUACUAUAUACUUAUCGUUGCAUACUAUUUAGCACGCACCGUUUAGUAAAAAGUAUUUUUCAAAAUUCAACCAGCCUGAUAAUAGAUCAUUUCCAAUUCCAUGAAUUUAUCUUAACGCAGAAUAGAGUAGGAAUGGAGUUAUAGGCCUACUCAGGCUGGUUAUAGGCAUACUAUCACAUUUGACCUACACUGAGUGUACCAAACAUUAAGAACACCUUCCUAAUAUUGAGUUGCACCCCUCUCUUUUGCCCUCAGAACAGCCUCAAUUCAUCGGGGAAUGGACACUACAAGGUGUUGAAAGUGUUUCACAGGUGUUCUUAAUGUUUUGUAUACUGUGUAUAAUGUAGUAGAUCCAUACAGCCCAUCUAUCCUAUUUACAAAGAACUGAAGACAGAAACUGAUAAAUUGGGAACAGCAGGACAGCAACAUAAUGAACUAAAGCACUGUUCAUUGGGAACGAGAUCAGAAUGACUGCUAAGGCUUGAUCCAUAAAUUAAAUAGGUAGCCUACAAAACCAUACUUGAUUUUCAAAAAUUCACAUAGUAUAAAACAUAAUAUUUUCACAUACUGAGAAUGUGUCAUGCGCGAUUGCAUUAUUUCCUGCUUUUGGUUGAUUUAGGUAGCGCAUUUCCCAUAUCUAAAUGAUCAGCUGUUGUCAAAGCCAAAAUUAGUAUGGCAUCUGGGCAUUUAAAGUAUACUCGAUUUCUGCAAUGUUGCAUACUAUUAUACAAAAGAAAUGUGCAUACUCAAACAGCCUACUAUUUAGGAUGCAAGUAUGUUGAAUACGGCCAGUGUGUCCUCCAGAUGUGUAGUUAGCAGGGGUUAAUAGCUGAAUCCGGGAUCACUGAGGCCGCAUUGGAAGACAAGGAAGUGUCUUCCAGUGUCACCCACCCUGCGAUCCUUCCCACCUAUGAUGUCAUUGGUUUUGUUUGAUUACUUGUCUGUUAGCUGUAGCCUGUGAGAUUCCACACCGCUACUUUUCUAUCCUCACUUCAUACUGCAUCGUUUGUAGUCAUCACGUCGAAUGCCCAGAAUUGGCAAGUCUGUUAACGAGCAGGUGACCUCAUCUGUGACAAGGGGCUGUGGGAGGAGCCAGGGCUUUGGCUUCGUUCCAAUACUCUAACAUGGCCUCAUUUCCUGAAUCAUUUUACUUGAGACCAUUGGUCAUUGAUCUAAAAUCUUUGAAUGGUCAAAAAUCUUAUAAUGUCUAACCAAAUAUGGGCUUUUCCUUUACUGCCUUCUACUACACUAUUCCAGCUACAAUCACAUCUCAUCCCCCAUGCACCCCUCCCAUCUCAUCCCCCCUCCAUCCCUCCCUUCCUCUUUCCAUUCUUCAUACAUUUCUCCCUCUCUCCAUCCCUCCCACCAGAUGUUUGGCUGACUGAGCUCCUCCUAUCAGGCGUUACCUCCUCUCCUCCUCUUCUUUUCUCAGUCUGCUAUCGUUCCAUUACAGUAGAGUACAGUCAGAGCACUGCUGACAGGCUAGGCAGGGCCAGGUCUAAUCCAGGGCCUCCUAAUGCUGCAUGCAUUCCUCACUCUAAUUAAUACCAUACAUUACCUCAUUAUCGGCUCAUACACAGAUUACACUUCCUCUAAUGAAAGUAGAAUGUGUUCUGCACAAUUAAAAGCUCACACAAUCUAAACUCACUCAAUCCUAACGGCCCGGAACGCAGCCCCAAUC